CUGUGCUUAGCUGGACACGGAAAAAUUUCUUGACUUGAGCAAAAGACCCAAAAUACUAUUUCCUUGAUAGGUGCUUUAUUUAUUUUAUUUUAGCAUCAAGUUUUGGAUAGAUAUUAGCCUCGCGAUAUGUUGUUACAAUGACUUCAAACUUAUCUUCACAUUUGCUUCUAGUAGAAGCUAGCCUCAUCAACCUGCACUUGGUCAUUAUUUUCAGGUGGCAUCUCAAAUUGUUGUUGCACAAAGAAUUUGCACGAAUCUUUGUGGUUGAACUUUGAUUUGACAGCAGUUUCUACUUUUUCAUGUCUUUUCUAAUAAAUGAAGCCUUACAAGGCGAGCGUGUCCCAAGAACAAAUAAAUAUGUAUAAUGCCUCUUCUGAUAAUCAGGAAAUGAAGGAGUCAUCAGAAUAUGAUUAUGAAGUGUUUUUGAGCUUUAGAGGACCAAAUACUCGUACGGACAUUGCUGAUUACCUUUACGUCAACAUGAUUGAUGUUGGAAUUCAGGCAUAUAGGGACUAUGAAGAGCUCUGCACUAGGGAAGAGAUCAGCGGCCCCUUCUCCAAGCAAUUUAACACUCAAAGAUCUCAAUACCAAUCUUUUCUAAAGGAUAUGCUGAUAGUCCAUGGUGCCUCAGGGACUUGGUCAAGAUGGUGGAGAGCAAGAACAUAGGGGGGUAAAAGAUCAUGCCCAUUUUCUAUAAUGUCACACUGUUUGAGGUUAAAUAUCAGAAUGAGCACUACGGCAACGCCGUUGUUUCUCAUUUAAACAAGAAGCGGUUCGAUGAUGAGACUAUCAACAACUGGAAGGCUGCUCUUAAAGAGGUUGGAGAACUAAAGGGAUGGGGUCUCCACAGAAUGCUAAACAAGUAUUUAAUUAUAUCACAUAUGGACUGUUUGACUCAGAUGCAUUAUUUUGCUCAGCUAAACCUAAUGUCUUGGUACUUUUUUCCUCCAAUACUAUCAUAGGCAAAGGUGAAUUUGUGAAAGAAGGUUUUGAUUGAGUUGAAAACUGCAUACUUGGAAGAAUGUGAUUGCUUUGUCGAAGUAGACAAUCAUGUGGACGAAAUUAUGAGAAUGAUAGGUGCACACAACCUUGAAACAAAAAUAGUUGGAAUCCAUGGUGUUGGUAGCAUGGGAAAAGCAACUCUUGCCAAAACAGUGUACAGUCAACUUUCUAUAGAUUUUUCUUAUUGUUGUUUCCUUUCAAACAUCCGAGAAACAGAGAUUACAUGGUUGCAGAAGCAGCUCGUAUCGACCAUCCUUAAAGGACAAUGUUCUGAUAUCAAAAAUAUCACAGAAGGGAAAAAGGUAAUUGCAAAGGUUACCCAAUAAAAAAGUGCUUCUUCUGCUUGAUGAUGCCGACAAAGCAAGUCAACUUGAUGCACUUGUCUAGAAGCGUGAGCGGUUUGAGAAGGGAAGCAAGAACAUCAUAACCACUAGAGACAGGGGAAUUCUUAAAGUGCCCACAACUGAUGAUCAGACUUGCAAGACUACACUUGUUGAUGAGGCAUAUGAACUUACUAGCAUGGAUUUUGAUCAUUCUCUUAAACUCUUUAGCAAACAUGCCUUUAGAAGAGAUUAUCCCUUAGAGUAAUACAUCUCUCACUAUGAAAGAGCAAUAAAUAUUUGUCGCGGUCUUCCUUUAGCUUUUGAGGUAAUGUUCUCUUUUAUCUAGAGAAAGAGUAGAGAAGUGGGAUGCCAUAUUAAAGGAGCUAGAAGAAUCUCCUCUAUAGGAUGUUGAAAAGAGGUUAACCAAAGAAGGAUAUUUCUUGAUGUUUUGUUUUUUCAUUGGGUAUAAUAAAAGAAUUGUGAUUCACAUUUGGAAAGCUGUAAAUGCAAUCCUCAUCUAUCCCUCGGAAUCCUUUAGCAAAGAUCUUUGAUAAAUAUUAGAGAAGAUAAUCAACUAUGGGUGCAUGAUUUGUUAAGAGAUAUUUGAAGAAAUUUUAUACAACAGGGAAGUGAUGAGAAACCGGAGAAGCAACAAUGGGUGUGGACUCAUGCGCAAGCAUUCAAAGUUUAUAGAAAAUGCAGGUAAAUCAUACAACUUCAUUCCUUCUUUGAAAAGAAGUUUGGUUUUCGUUCCUAUAGCGUUGAUUAAUUAUUCUAUAGCACUUACUGAUGUGGUUUAUCAAUCGUUUUGAAUGUUAGGAGAAGAUUUAAUUGUUUUCCCUUGAAGGACAUCAACACUGCGAAUCAUGGUUUUUUCUAACUUCCAUUUUAUGAUUUUAUUUUUGCAUAGUGGAGGUGGUGUUCACGCAAUUGGAAGCUUUGAAGCUAUAUGUCUUGAGUUGACUGAACUAUCUAGAUAGAUACUCCUUAAUGAAAGAAGUCUUAGAAAGUCUUUUGAAUAUAAGUUUCCUUCGAAUGGACUUUAAGUUAGGCCCUCAACCCUCAUCAAGGUAUAUGUUUCCUCUAGGUAAGCUUUAUAUGAAAAAUAUUUGGAGGUCAAAUUUUCUUGAAGACCAAAAUUAUUUUCAAGACGAAUUUGGCCCAUUUAUCCUUCUUGAGUCAAGAUUUCUCCUUCCAGAAUUGAGAUGGCUUUCAUGGAAUAACUUCCCUAAUAUUUUUAAAGUGUCUCAUAUUUCCAUGAGGAAGCUAGUUAUCCUUGAUUUCUCAAGGAGUGAAAUCCGAGAAACAUGGCAUGGAUGGAGCCACAUAAAGUUGGCUGAGAAUUUGAAGGUCCUAAAUCUGACUGGAUGCGAUUUUCAUAGACAUUCGGAUUUGUCUUCUCAUAAGAAGUUAGAGCAACUUAUUCUCCAAGGAUCUAAGUGUUUGGCUAAAAUUGAUUCGUCCAUUGGUCACCUUAAGAACUUGGUCUUCUUAAACUUGAGGGACUGUAAAAAUCUCCAGAAGCUACCUACGAGUUGGGGGGCACUGGAAUCAUUGAUGGAACUUCUUCUUGACUCUACAUCUAUACAAAAGAUUCCUGAAUGGAGAAGGAUGAAGAAUCUGAAAAUGCUCAGCUUGGUCGGAUGUAUAUCAUUGAAUAAAUUCAGUUUCGUUGGUUGCUCAGCAUCAGCAGUGAAGCUCUCAUUAGUGGGUAACCAUUUCAACUCAUUAGUUGAGUUAGAUCUAUCGAGCACUGGUAUAAAGGAGUUACCAUAUUCAAUUGGAUAUAUGAAGAAAUUGAAAGUGCUAAAGAUAUGGCGUUGCUGCCUAACAAAACUACCCAGCGCUGUUGCAAUGUUGGAGAAGCUCAAAGAGCUAGAGGCAAGUGGGGAAUAUCUAACAGAAUUGAAAGAAAUUCCUAGUAAUAUUGGGAAGCUGCCAAUGUUUGUUGUUAAAAUUCGGUGAAAUUCCAGCAAUGCCAAAGCUUCCGGAAAGUCCGAUCACUUUAACCAUUGAUGCAAACUCAAUGAAGACAAUGCUGGAAUUCUCAAACCUAUUAAAUUUGAGAAAUUUGAAGUUGUGGGUAAGAUUCCUGUGUCUUUUAAAACUUGAAGUAGAUCCAAGUUCUUGGGGGAUUGGAAGAUUAUCCAUGCUUGAGAUCUUGGAAUUGUAUUGUCCUCAUGUCCGCACCUUAUCUUUUAAUCUUGUUCUCCUUUCUAAACUGAAGGAACUCCAAAUCAGUUGCCUAAAAUUGCAAUGCCUACCAAGGCUUCUGACGAAUUUGUCAUACUUACAUUUAUAGGAAUGCCACAGAAUAAAAACAACAAAUGAUAUUUCCAAUUUGAAAGCGUAGUCACAUUUGGAAAUACAUCAUUGUUGGAAACUAACAGAGAUUGAAGGCCAUGAAGAUUUGGAGAGCCUGAGAACGUUAGAGCUCGAGUCAUUACAGUUGGUGAAGUUGCCUAAUCUAACUAGCUUGAAGAAGCUCAAAAAAAUUCGUUUGAUGUAUUGUACUGAGUUGAUUGAGAUUCGAGAGUGUCUAGAAUCGUUGGAGACACAGGAUAUCAGGAGCUGUGACAAACUACAAAAGCCCCCAAUCCAUCAAGCUUCAAGAAUCUGAAAGUUCCACUUAUAGGUAAAAGGAAACGAACUUGAUUGCAAUUUACAAACAAUCCUUUUCUUUUUGUAAUGUUCACGUUUUUCUUUUGAAUAUUUCAGAUUAUAUAUGUAUUGAGGCCAUUAAUAAGUGUGGUCUCUCUGGCUUUGUGA